CCGGCCUUUUUAUUUAUUACGAAAUCAAUUGUUAGAACUAAUAAAAUAACUUUAAUGAUGAUCCAGCAGCAGCGCCAACGCAUUGAGUCCGCCGUGACGGAGAUGAUCGACGACAUGGACAAGACACACCUUCGCAAAAUGCAGAACGAAAUGCACCUGUGUGCGGCGAAAUGCUGCCAAGAUGACACCUCCAGCGUAGACAGUGUACAGCGAUGUGUGGACCGCUGCUCGACUCCCAUGACACGGGCCCAGAACUAUGUCCAGCACGAGCUUGGCGAAUUUCAGGGCAGGCUGCAGCGUUGCGUCAUGCAAUGUAACGAUGAUGUCAAAGUUAAAAUGCCCCCUAGUCCCAGUGAGGAACAAAUCGCCAAGUACACGGAUCAGUUCGAGCGCUGUGCCAUCCAAUGUGUGGACAAGCAUGUGGGUCUCAUACCCAGCAUGAUGAAAACUAUGAAGAAAGUUCUGUCCAAGGGACCUGAGGCCAUACCACAAGUUUAAGUCGCUAGGAGCUGGUUGCAUUUAUUACAUUUCCUAUUACUAGUUGUUGAGUUUUUUACAAUUGACUAAAUAUUAUAGUGUCUAUAAAUUCAAAAAUUUUA